UCACGCCACAGCCAGCGUGGCCUCAGCCGCCCUGCUCUGCCUCAGCCUCUCCCGAAGCUGCGCUGACUCUUGGUUUCCUUAUCCCACUCCUGGCUUCUAACUGACUAAUUUUUUUGCAUAGUUCUUGCUCAGCAUAGAAGUGUGGAGUGUCUCAGCUGAAUCCUCAUGCAGACAAGAUCAUUAUGGUCCUGGUAGGUUGGACAAGUAUCCUGAUAUAAGCUUAUCUUAAAAAUCAGAAGACCUGGCAGUACUGGACCUAUCUUUAAUUGUGGCAGCAAUUUGUGGCAGCAGCAAGCACCUGCCAGCUUAGGUUGAAAAAAUGGCACAUUAGUUGAAGGAAACAAAGGGGAAUACCUAGAAGAAGAAGAAAAUAUUGAUUGAUCUACAUGACCAGUCUGUCUGCUGUAAAAGAAGAAUCAGCCAAAGGGUGAUUUAAGAUCCACUGCAGGUGUGUGAACAGCACUGCUACGACAAAAGCCUAAACUCACCACAUCUUGGGAGGAGAAUGGCCACUGCAUGGAGGGCAGCCUUUCUCAUGCUGGUGACAUCCUGUGUUUGUAGCACUGUCUUCCACAGAGACCAACGGACUUGGUUUGAAGGUGUCUUCCUGUCUUCCAUGUGCCCCCUGAAUGUCAGUGCUAGCACAUUGUAUGGAAUUAUGUUUGAUGCAGGGAGCACUGGAACACGAAUUCAUGUUUACACCUUUGUGCAGAAAAUACCAGGCCAGCUUCCAAUUCUGGAAGGGGAAAUUUUUGAUUCUGUGAAGCCAGGACUUUCUGCUUUUGUAGAUCAACCUAAGCAGGGUGCUGAGACUGUCCAAGGACUCUUAGAGGUGGCCAAAGAUUCAAUUCCACAAAGUCACUGGAAAAGAACACCAGUGGUCCUGAAGGCAACAGCGGGACUGCGCUUACUGCCAGAACAAAAAGCCCAGGCUCUGCUCUAUGAGGUAAGAGAAAUCUUCAAGAAGUCACCUUUCCUGGUACCAAAUGACAGUGUUAGCAUCAUGGAUGGAUCUUAUGAAGGCAUAUUAGCUUGGGUUACUGUGAAUUUUCUGACAGGUCAGCUACAUGGCCACAGCCGAGAGACUGUGGGAACCCUGGACCUCGGGGGAGCCUCCACCCAAAUCACAUUCCUACCCCAGUUUAAGAAGACCCUGGAACAAACCCCUAGGGGCUACCUCACUUCAUUUGAGAUGUUUAACAGCACUUAUAAGCUCUAUACACAUAGUUACUUGGGAUUUGGAUUAAAAGCUGCAAGACUAGCAACCCUGGGAGCCCUGGAAACAGAAGGGAUUGAUGGACACACUUUCCGAAGUGCUUGUCUACCAAGAUGGUUGGAAGCAGAGUGGAUCUUUGGGGGUGUGAAAUACCAGUAUGGUGGCAACAAAGAAGGGGAAAUGGGCUUUGAGCCCUGCUACACUGAAGUGCUGAGGGUGGUCCAAGGAAAACUUCACCAGCCGGAUGAGGUCCAGAGAAGUUCCUUCUAUGCUUUCUCUUACUAUUAUGAUCGUGCUGUUGACACAGACAUGAUUGAUUAUGAAACGGGGGGUGUUUUAAAAGUUGAAGAUUUUGAAAGAAAAGCAAGGGAAGUGUGUGAUAACUUGGAAAACUUCACCUCAGGCAGUCCUUUCCUAUGCAUGGAUCUCAGUUACAUCACAGCCUUGUUGAAGGAUGGCUUUGGCUUUGCAGACAGUACUGUCUUACAGCUCUCAAAGAAAGUAAACAACAUAGAGACAGGCUGGGCCUUGGGGGCCACCUUUCACCUGCUGCAGUCUCUGGGCAUCUCCCACUGAGGCGAGGCCCUUCUUCCGAGGAUUGCAUUCGCCAACAACCUUUUUAAAGGUAGAAGGAGAGAGGACUAAGUCAUGUUCUGAGCUAGUCUGAGGAUAGCCUGGACUGAAGCCUAGCAACUCGAGUCAUCAGGAGUAAGGAGCUUUUGAAGACAAGUCUUGCCCUUGAGUCUGGAGAUUUGGGUUUAAUUAAUUUUAUGUAUCUAAUGUGAACUCUUGACCUUACCACUCUGCUUGCACAGCUGGCACCAGA